CCCCCCCCGGCUUCUUGCUGCUCCGGCAUACAGAGUGAGGUGAGGGAGGAGACGAUGCUCUCUGGAGUUGAAUUUGGACUUCCUUUGCUCCGCGGUUGCAUCUGUGGUUAAAGAUCGAGGAGGAUCUGCUUGCUCGCGUCUGCUUUUGAUUGGUCACAUCUUGCUACGGUCUUCGUGCUUGGUGGGGCCAGCGCUGGACGCCAGUCCUUCCAUCUUCUUGCUCUUGUGUCACGGUCUCGUACUAGGGUGCCCAAGGUGGAGGAGAGCUGUUGCCUGCUUCUCGAUCGUUGUUCUGGAGGGGAAUCUGGAAGAUCGAUUUCGUGUUGUUGAAAGAUCUAGAGCAGUUUGUUGCCGUGUCCAUCCACAUCUCGCUGCAACCAUGGGCAUCUUCCCCUGUUCCUCAAACGAUGUUUUUGUUUUGGGUUUUCUGGUACAUGUCACGGCCUAAACUCUUACCCAACUCCAGGCUUCCUUUCUCGAACGGCUCGUUGGGUGUAGGCACCUCCGGAAGGUUCUCGCAGGUUGUCUUCUUUGCGGUGGAGUUCUUGCCGGCUGAUCAUGCGAGCCUGAGAUUCUUGUCAUCAUGGGAAGCCAAGCCAAGACUGUUGUUUGGUUUAGGAGGGACUUGAGGAUCGAGGACAAUCCGGCGUUGUCUGCCGCUGCCAAGGACGGCUGCGUCCUACCGGUUUUCAUAUGGUGUCCAAGUGAAGAGGGCCAGUUUUACCCGGGUCGAGUCUCCCGGUGGUGGCUGAAGCACUCCCUCGCCCACCUCGAUCGGUCGUUGAGGUCCCUCGGCGCUCCUCUCACGUUCAUCAGAUCUGAAAGCACUCUAGCAGCCCUUUUGCAGUGCAUUGGUGCAAUUAGGGCUACUAGGUUGGUCUAUAAUCAUCUUUACGAUCCUGUUUCACUUGUCCGUGAUCAUAAAAUAAAAAGUCAGCUAGUGAGCCUUGGAAUCAGUGUGCAAAGUUUUAAUGGUGAUCUCUUAUAUGAACCGUGGGGAGUUUAUGAUGAAAGUGGACUUGCUUUUACAACCUUUGAUGCAUACUGGGGCAAAUGCAGGAGCAUGCCAAAUGAGCUGACAAUGCUUCUUCCUCCCUGGAAGUUGGUUCCUCCUACAGGUACAGAAAGUGUCGAAAGUUGUUCGAUUGAAGAGUUUGGGCUUGAAAAUGAAAUAGAAAAAUCGAGUAAUGCAUUAUUAAGCAGGGCCUGGUCCCCAGGUUGGAGCAAUGCAGACAAGGUGUUGAGUGAAUUUAUUGAUGAGCAUCUUCUAGAAUAUUCCAAUAAUAGAAUGAAGGUAGAAGGCACUACUACCUCAUUGCUGUCACCCUAUCUACAUUUUGGUGAACUCAGUGUUAGAAAAAUAUAUCAAAAUGUCAGAAUGAAGCAAAUACAGUGGGCAAAGGAUGGCAACUGUAAAGCAGAAGAAAGUGUGAACUUUUUCCUGCAAUCAAUUGGUCUCAGAGAAUACUCGCGUUAUCUUUGUUUUAACUUCCCAUUCACAUAUGAGCGAUCACUACUGGGUAAUCUAAAACACUACCCUUGGCGUGCUGAUGAAGGUCAGUUCAAGUCUUGGAGGCAGGGGAAGACUGGGUAUCCUUUGGUGGAUGCAGGAAUGAGAGAACUUUGGGCAACUGGUUGGAUACACAAUAGAACUAGAGUGAUUGUAGCAAGUUUUUUUGUGAAGAUUUUGCUACUUCCGUGGACCUGGGGAAUGAAAUACUUCUGGGACACAUUGCUGGAUGCUGAUCUCGAAAGUGACAUCCUUGGUUGGCAGUAUGUAUCAGGAAGCUUACCCGAUGGUCAUGAGCUCAAACGUCUUGACAAUCCUGAGGUACUUGGUCAGAAGUAUGAUCCAGAUGGUGAAUAUAUAAGAAAUUGGAUUCCAGAGCUUGCGAGACUGCCAACCGAAUGGAUUCACCAUCCGUGGGAUGCUCCGAGUACAGUGCUAAAAGCAGCUGGUGUUGAGCUAGGAUUGAACUACCCAAGGCCAAUCGUAGAAAUACUUACAGCUAGGGAGCGACUUGAUGAUGCUGUGGACAUGAUGUGGGAACUUGAUAGGGCUGCAAAAGUUGCAAAAUUAAGCAGUUCAGAUGAAGUUGUAGCUGAUAAUUUGAUUAAUUUGAAUAGUUUGGACAUCCCAAAAGUUGUUGUGAAGAAAGAGGUAUAUUGCACUAGUUCAUCUCUUGAUCAAAGAGUGCCCUCUAUUCACAAUAUGAAGGAUAACUCAGUAAACAAGAAACCGAGGGAUCCAAGUGGAGAAAAACCCUGUGCAGUUAUCUUAAGUUCACACUCUAAUACUGUGGAGAAGUCAAAGAUGGAUGUUGAUUUACUUUCAACAGCCGAAUCAUCAUCUGCCAGGAAAAGAAGCAUCAGUGAAAGUCAUUGUGCUGUUCCAACUCAUUUUUCUUCUUCGCCAGACAUAAAUCCUGUGCAAGAGGAUGGUUCAACGGGCCAAUGUCAUCUAAACAGGUCUAGUUCUGACUAUCCGUGGCAAGGAGCAGAUGGAAUUGGAGAAGGAAAGGAGGAAGAGGAUUUUGAUGCUCAAAGCAGCUUCAAGGGCUUCAGACCAUGCAAGAAACCUGCUUGUCUCUAACAGAUAAUACGGAGGUCGGCGAUAUCUGGUGUACGCUAAAAUCUUGUCCCCUUUGUCUUCUACUUGUACUAUGUUAAUGCAGAAACGAAUAGCUUUAUUAUACACUCAUCGAAACAAUUUUGUAUGUAUCACUUCUCCUUUGGUUGAAAUAAAUGUUCAACUUUGUCAAA